GCUCCCCGGUGCGUGGCCGCGGGUCACGGGUGGGCGGUGCGCGCUCGCCGGCGGGCGGCCCCUUUGCAGACGGUGCCCGACGCCGGGGGCGCGGGAGGCCCCUUUGCAGACGGUGCCUGGGCGCGCCGGGCCGAGGCGGUGCCGCCCGCCCAGAGGGGCCGGGAACUGGGAGCCGGGAGCCCGGCCGCUGCAGAUGCUUCCUCAGACAGUACUGAAAGCGUAGUUGAUUGACUGUGAACUUGCCUAAAAGGUUGCUUGAAAGUUUCCACCAGAACAAGGUUCUCAAGUCCUCCCAUCAGAUGCCUUUCUUACUCCCUGAUGUUCCUCUGCCUCUGUGGUGAUACUGUUUUACUUCCAGAAUGAGUUGCUCUGGAGCUGGGAGCCACAGAACUGCAGCCUGUUCUUACCGCCACGUGUACGUUCUGCUUUCCUAUCUCUUUACUUGCUGACAACCCCUUUCAUCAUCAGCCCUGCACGCAAACAAGUGAUGAAGACGCCUGGGCACUGUAGGACGGGUUCAUUGCCCAUAUGACUCUCAGUAAGGAAGUAAUUAGUACCAAUGGACACAUCUUUCCUGAUUGCUCCCUUUGGAAAUGAUUCCACAUCUCAAAAUUACUGACAUAUUAUGGAGCAAUUGUCCACUACUAUGAGUUUUUGCUGCUUGUUGGGCUGGUCUGAACCAGAGGCAGGGACUGGAACUGAUCUCUGGAAAAACAAAGUAGAACUUGGAGCAUGUGGCCUGAGGAUUGGCUUACAAAGCCAGAGGUGGUAGCUAAGAAGUGAGCAGGAUGCCCCCAGGCAUUUACUGCCCUAUGGAAUUCUGGUCCAAGGGGGAAAACCAAAACAUCCAGGUGGACUUUCUGCUGCCCACAGGCAUAUACUUAAACCUCUCUGUGUCCUGCAAUGCCAGCUUGGGCACCAUCAAGCAGGUGGUGUGGAAGCAUGCACAGUAUGAGCCGCUGUACCAUAUGCUCAGCGAUCCCGAGGCCUAUGUAUUUACGUGCAUCAACCAGACAGCAGAACAGCAAGAGCUGGAGGACGAGCAACGGCGGCUUUGUGACAUCCAGCCCUUCCUGCCGGUGCUGCGGCUCGUGGCUCGAGAGGGAGACAGAGUCAAGAAGGUUAUUAACUCCCAGAUCAGCCUGCUCAUUGGAAAAGGUUUGCAUGAGUUUGACUCUGUGCAGGAUCCAGAGGUGAAUGAUUUCCGCACCAAAAUGUGCCAGUUCUGUGAGGAGAGAGCAGCAAAGCGGCAGCAGCUCAGCUGGGCAGCUUGGAUGGAGUACAACUUCCCCUUGCAGCUGGAGCCCAUGGCCAAAGUCCUUGGGACUGGCCCUCUACAUAACCCCACCAAGAACAUUUUUGUCAACGUCAAGUUUCAGUCUGGCGGGGAGAGCUUCACUUUCCAGAUCUCUCCAGAGGAGUUCCCCAUCACAUUAAUGAGCUACGCUAUCAAGAAGCAGGCUACUGUCUUCCGCCAUGAGACAGUGGAGAACCCAGAGGACUACACCCUGCAGGUGAAUGGGAAAUGGGAAUAUCUCUACGGGAACUACCCCCUGUACCAGUUCCAGUAUAUUUGCAGCUGCCUGCACCGAGGCCUGACGCCCCACCUGACCAUGGUGCACUCCUCCACCAUCAUUGCUAUGAGAGACGAGCAAACCAACUGUAUUGCCAGCCCCCCCAAGAUGUCUGCCAAGCCUCCCCCGCUCCCUAAGAAAAAGCCAAACUACGGUUCUCUCUGGUCCUUAGAGCAGUCUUUCUACAUUGAGCUGGUGCAAGGCAGCAAGGUCAAUGCAGAUGAGAGAAUGAAGCUGGUGGUGCAAGCAGGUCUCUUUCAUGGCAAUGAGAUGCUGUGCAAGACAGUGUCAAGCUCUGAAGUGAAUGUAUGCUCAGAGCCAGUGUGGAAGCAGAGGCUGGACUUUGAUAUUAACAUCUGUGAUCUUCCCCGUAUGGCACGGCUGUGCUUCGCCCUCUAUGCUGUCAUUGAGAAGGCAAAGAAAGCACGUUCCACCAAGAAGAAGUCCAAGAAAGCUGACUGCCCAAUUGCCUGGGUGAAUGUCAUGCUCUUUGACUAUAAGGACCAGCUGAAAACAGGGGAAUGCUGCUUGCACAUGUGGUCCUCCUUUCCAGAUGAGAAAGGGGAACUUCUGAACCCCAUGGGCACGGUACAGUGCAACCCCAACACAGAAAGUGCAGCAGCCUUGGUCAUCUGCUUCCCCAGCGUUGCAUCGCAUCCUGUGUAUUACCCAUCGUUUGAGCAGCUGCUGGAGUUGGGGAGGAAUGGAGAGCAACCCCGUACUGCACCAGAAGAUCCUGAGGAGAAGCUGCAACUGAAGGAGAUACUGGAGCGGAGGAGCCACACUGAACUAUAUGAGCAUGAGAAAGACCUGGUAUGGAAGAUGAGAUACGAUAUCCGUGACCAGUACCCGCAAGCUUUAGCAAAGCUGCUUAUCAUCACCAAAUGGAACAAGCAUGAAGACGUUGCCCAGAUGAUUUCACUGCUUCAGACCUGGCCAGAGUUGCCUGUCCUGAAUGCCUUGGAGCUACUGGAUUUUAGCUUCCCUGACCGUUAUGUUGGUUCCUUUGCUAUCAACUCAUUAAAGAAGCUGACAGAUCACGAAUUGUUCCAAUACCUGCUACAGCUUGUCCAGGUGCUUAAGUAUGAAUCCUAUUUAGACUGUGAAUUAACCAAGUUCCUGCUGGACAGGGCAUUAUCCAACCGCAAGAUCGGCCACUUCCUCUUCUGGCAUCUGAGGUCAGAAAUGCACGUUCCUGCAGUUGCCUUGAGGUUUGGCCUGAUCCUGGAAGCAUACUGCAGAGGCAGCACCCACCAUAUGAAAGUUUUAAUGAAACAGGGAGAAGCACUCAACAAGAUGAAAGCUCUGAAUGACUUUGUUAAAGUGAGUUCUCAGAAGGCUGCCAAGCCUCAAACCAAGGAGCUGAUGCAUGUGUGCAUGAAGCAGGAAACUUACCUUGAAGCACUUUCCCACCUCCAGUCCCCCCUGAACCCCAACAUUAUCCUCGCUGAAGUUUGUGUGGAUCAGUGCACCUUUAUGGACUCCAAAAUGAAGCCUUUAUGGAUUGUGUUUAAUAAUGAAGAGACAGGUGGAGGUGGAGUGGGUAUUAUUUUUAAAAAUGGAGAUGAUCUUCGCCAGGACAUGCUGACUCUGCAGAUGAUCCAGUUGAUGGACGUCCUGUGGAAGCAGGAGGGCCUGGACCUGAGGAUGACCCCUUAUGGCUGCCUCUCCACAGGAGACAAGACUGGGCUGAUAGAAGUCGUCAUGCAUUCAGACACCAUUGCCAACAUCCAGCUGAAAAAGAGCAACAUGGCAGCCACUGCAGCCUUCAACAAGGAUGCGCUGCUGAACUGGCUAAAAUCCAAGAACCCAGGUGAUGCAUUAGAACAAGCUAUUGAAGAGUUCACUCUUUCCUGUGCUGGGUACUGCGUGGCAACAUAUGUGCUGGGGAUAGGUGACCGGCACAGUGAUAACAUCAUGAUCCGGGAAACGGGACAGCUGUUCCAUAUUGAUUUUGGUCACUUUUUGGGGAACUUCAAGACUAAAUUUGGUAUUAAUAGAGAACGAGUUCCUUUCAUCUUAACCUAUGACUUUGUGCAUGUCAUCCAGCAAGGAAAAACUAACAACAAUGAGAAGUUUGAAAGGUUCAGGGGGUAUUGUGAAAAAGCCUAUAUGAUUCUGAGGCGCCAUGGUCUUCUCUUCCUGCACUUGUUUGCACUGAUGAAAGCUGCUGGCCUGCCAGAACUCAGCUGCUCUAAAGACAUUCAGUAUCUAAAGGAUUCCCUAGCUCUUGGGAAAACAGAUGAGGAGGCACUGAAGCACUUCAGACUGAAAUUUAACGAAGCCCUGCGAGAAAGCUGGAAAACCAAAGUGAACUGGCUGGCACACAAUGUAUCCAAAGAUAACAGACAGUAGAGGAACAUCAGCCUGCACACUUGCUCCAAGAGAAUGUAAUACCUGCACUGAGUCCAGCAAUUGUAGACAGGUUUUUAAAGACUGAUGAAUGCUGCCAUGUUGAAGAUCCCCCACCUGCAUUCCCAGAGAUCAGACAUUUCUGCAUGACUGAACAAUUGGACUGUCAUCAGCUGCAUAAUCAUGUCUGCUGUAGAACUUUGGGGGACAAGGGAGAGGCGCGAGGCAAUAAAAAUACUGCAUACAGUGAAAGGUAGGUAGAUGUACUGGACCCUUAAGAACUUGUUAAGCUUCAACUACAUCUUCUAAUGGAAGAGUUCAGGCAGUUGUAACAUCCUCCCAGUGUGUUAAUGUGUAUAUUAUUUCGAUUUUCUUGAAAAUUUAGGUGAACACUGAGAACCUACUAUGUCUGUAGCUUUUAUACUAUAGCCCAUCUUCUAGGUCCCCACCAUUACAGCUCAGAGGCAUUAACUUCACCACAUGAUUGUUCUGCCUGCCCUGUUUCAGUGUACACCAAGGUAGGUCAGCUCAAAUCACCACUGAAGCUGAUUUGGACAAAUUGUUUUACGCUGCAUUGUGACUGGGUAAAAAUAUCCAUGCUGUCAUCUUACUUUCUCUCUGCUAGAGAGGCCAAAGUGUUCUGAAACUGAACUGGAACGCAGCUCUUGCUGUCAAAAAACUGAUGCCACGGGAACAGGCUUGGAUCAGCCAGCAGGUUAGGUAAUUUUGUUUGCUUUCCCAAGUCUGACCUUAGCUGAGCCUCAAGCAGUUCCCAGGUUGCUGCGUUUAUUCUGGUUUUAAGCCUGAAAACGUAAGAUUGCAUUUUCAAAACUGGCAAGUAAUGUUGGUUGCUACGUGCACCUCCCGCUGGGGUACAUUAGAGCCGGUUUGCACUCGGCUUCCCUGCAGGAUGGGGAGGCAGGGCCCUGGCCUACACCUGCGUGAGCGCUGGGAUCCUGCCCUGUGCUGCCAGAGUCAGCUGGGACAGAUGGUGCCAUUCUGUGCCUAAAUUAUGUGGCCAGUCUGCUGCCUUGUGUAAGGGCAGAGGAGUGCCACAUGAGGAGGUUUGACUCCAAAACACUUACUGUAAGUUGCAUCUGAGUUCUCAUCUUACAAAUUUCUUUCUUUCCACACUCUUCUUCCUUUCAACCACAGUGCACGAGUCCUUGUCUGUUAUUAGAGCUGGUGUGCAAAGACUGUGUCUGCACAGGGGUUCAGCGGGAGAGGGAGCUGUGGUCAUCUGAGCUGGUACCUAAACCAGGACAAACUCUCUACUCCAGCCUCCUCCUGUUCUCACCACUGCCUGCCUCCUUCCCAGCUCCCACGAGGUGCUGUCAUCAAUCACCAAUUCCUACGCUUGUCUCAUUUUUGUCUCCUGCUCAUGUCCCCACCUGGUGAGCAGUUCUGAGCAGGGGUGUUGCGCAGGGACAGAUGAGCAGGAGCGGCUGCUGCUCCUCGGAGCCUCUCAGGAGCAGGCUCCAGCCUGCGGGUCCUGCUGGAAGAUGGGUGCAGUGGUGUGGUUCGUACCUGCUUCCUUUAGCAGUUCCCCAGGCUGCUUCCUUCCAUUUCCCCAGGUUCUCCACAACAUCAGGCUCCUAUGGAGGUGCUACCAUUCCUGCCUUUUAAGGAAUAGUCUAAUUUUCAAGACACCCCUGAAGCUGAAUCCUGUAUUUGAUAUGCCCUUAACUAGGUUGAGUGAUUUUCUUUUACUCACAGAACUAUUUUUUAAACUCUCUUACUUAUUCCUACUUAGGUAAAAGAAACAACAGGCAUUUCAGAUCCUCUUUCUCAAGCGACAAGAGAUGCAAGUAUCAUCGAAUGAUGGACUGCGCUCUCAUGUAAAUUUAGCUUUCAUGUCUGGUUUAAAAUUCCCACAAACCCAGCAAGUCUAGGAUAGAGACUGAACUGGCCUGUAAUAAAUUAUUCUUAAUGAAACUUCCCUGUCAGAGGGUAAAUUUGAUUUGAUAGCAUUUUUGCAUCCAGCACAUAGGUACAAGUCAUUCCUGACUUUCAGUUCUUUUUAAUACUGCAAAAUGCCCUGUACUUUAAAAAUUAAAAGUCGGCUGCCCCAUACUGGCUGUUUAAGUCCACCUUCUUUAUUUUUUCAAGAGGACAAGUUCAAAUACAUUUUUCUUCAUCACUGCCUUAAAGUAACUUCUACCCUAAGUAGAAAUGAAUAGUAGUAAUAAAUAAUACUAGGUGUGGUCAGUGAAUGGAGUAUGAAACACCUUUAAUAAACCCUUCUCUCAUUACCUUUACAUACGAACAGAUACUAGCAGAUUGUAGUUCAGCAUUAUUCUGUUAAUUUAAAUUCUGAUUUAAAGUACUUACUAUUUCUUUUCAUAAAAGAUGUUAUGCUAUGAAGUCUGUUCUAUACUAUUUUCUAAAUAUUAAUAUAAACAGGUUGCCUCUCAUAGAAGAAGCAGUUAUACAGAAGACAACUCAUUGUAACUUUACAUAACCCUCCGAGAUCCCCUUUUUCUACACCUUUCAAAUGAUACUGUAUGGGACUGAGAAAUGGCCAGAACAUUUCAAGAUAGAAUGUCAUGUACCCUUCCAAGUGAUCCAAAUUACUUAUGGACAGAUUUUUCUGUAACAGUUCUCCAGCAUACUGUUUAAUAAUUAGUACUGAAGGUAUGUUUGCAGCAGGCAAUUGUUUUUGCUGUACUUGCUCUGUUACAGACCCUACUUAGCCAGAACCAAAUGCUAGCUCCAGGUCUUCCUGUAGCUAUGCAUUUGACAGUAACACUAGGAAAACAACAGUGGGUAAAUGUGUACAGACUGACCUGCAGGAAACAAAACACCAUCUGGACUGGAGACAGCACUCUAGACCUGCUCCUGCUUCUAGAAAUUAGACUAAAAGAAACGUCCUGUAGUCUUUGGGUAUUGUCCUGUGUGAAAGAUGAGCUCUCUGCAAUGUGCUUUCACUGAUACAGUUUUCCUGAGUCUAGAAUAUUACUCACCAUUUUCCUGAACGGAACAGCAAGUAGUGGUCUCGGGUUUCAAAUAAAAUCUUAGAACCAUGAAUCCGUAUUUUUAAUUAGAAAUAUAGUAGUAUAAAACUGGCCAAAAAAUUCUGAGUGUAAACCAUCAGACAUGUUUGGGGUUUUUUAGCUGUUUUAAAGCACCAUAAGGAUAACUUUCCUUUCCUGUGCCAGAUCCUAUAGCCUCAAGCUUCACAGGCUAGGAGGGUGCUGGCCAUCACAAUUUAAAUCAGGAGUAGGAAGAUGCCUGUAUCUCUUACAGCCAAUUAAAACAAAAAAAAUCUAUUACUUGGACAAAUGCUGAAGUUUCCAUGGGGUAGCAGGUUACCACAUGCUGGCUGCUCUGCACCUGCCAGUGAGUCUGUGCUUGCACAGCGCGAUGCUGUUCUACGCCAGGGGUGCUCACCUUAUUUUUAGGCCCCCCCAGGAAAACAGGUCCUGUGAUGCUACUUCCCAGUUAUUAUGCAGGAAUAAUGCACGUAACGAGUGUCUGGUAAACACCCUGUUUGUGCAUCGACCCUCUGGGUCACCUACCCUCUAGGAUGAUGCCUUCACAAGGUUUCACCAUUGUCCCCUAACAAUUUGAGGCCAGCUUUUGUAAUUCUUUGAGGUUUUCUUAAGAGCCAGAUGUGUGGAGACCAAGCAUUCUGCAUCCAAGAUUAAUGGAAUAUAUAGAAAAUUGGCCACAAUCAUGGAAUAAAGGUUGGCAGGGAUUCUGCUGAAAUACUAAAUAGGAAAUGCAAAAAGGGGGAACAGGAACCCAACACUCAAGCUCCAACAGUUGUUUUUAUAGCAGAAGAAAAUACUGCAGGAUUUAGAGCUCUCUGCAUGCUGAUCAGUGAAAAAGCAAUACUGCACCCGUCUGAGUCACUGCUCCUGCAGCAGGGAGAGGCAGGCAUUUGUGACCAUUUUGUGUUCCCUCCCUUGGGGUGGUAUGUCCAGAUUGUGUUGGCUUUCUCAGAGUUCCUAGAGGAUAAAGGUUGCUAGUUCCUUCCUCCCUGAACUGAUUAAUGGAACAAAAAGUAUGCAAAAAUAUCAGGCCCCCUGGAAGCUGAGAUGCACUGAAACCACACCAACCUCAUCAGUGGUUUGUACAUUUGUGUGGAAAGAACAUGUGAAUGUAAAAGCAGCUCUCUUAUAUUGCCCCAAAGCAGCAGUCCAGGAUCCUGCCCAUCACACUGCAGCCAGGCAGCCUUACCUGGCAGUCUCCUCAGUCCCUCUCGGGUCCCUGGAUCGCAGACGCUCAGCAGGUCGUACCUGCAGCUGGUGUUUCAGGUAGUGCUUCCAGAAAGCGCAGCCCUACUACAGUUUUACAGAAGUACAAAGCAGCAGUGGCUCGUGUCAUCUGUCCUUCAAUUUUAGAAGUGCAAUAAAACAAAGCUGUAAGAGUGUAAACUCGAACUGAGCAAUUCUAAAGGUGUUUCUUAAUUCAGCACAGUUUUACAGAGAAAAUUGACUUACCUGCAAGAAGUAAAAAUAUCAAUGAAUCAAGUAGACCUUCUUCCUUGUACACCACAGGAAUAGCAUCUUGCACAAAGCUGAUGGCUGCAUGGGGUCACAGAGCUCCAAAUGUACAAAGCAGCAGCUCACCUGAUAGUUAUCAGCAAGUUCAGUUGUACUGAAGAUUGAAAAUUAAAUCACUUUCAAAAACAUUACAUUUCACUAUAAAUAAGUAGUUUCUGAUUUUAUAAAUAUAAUCAAAAUGAUACCCCUUUCUAUUUAUUUAGAGAUGUUUCUGUGAUUAUUUUUUUUUAACUCUGUACAAACUGAUUGUGCUUAUUCUGUUGCCUUUGAAAAAAAAAAAAGUAUUUUUUUAAGCCAAACCAUGGUUCUGUAAGGAGAGAGUGUUUACAUGUCUAACUUGUCAGUUGCUUUAGGUACGUGUUUUGUAAGUCAGAAAAUAAAAUUAUUGAUAAAUUGUAAA